AUGUCAACAACCAACAACAUUUACAAAGAGGACGUAGACUUCGCUGCUCUGGCCUUACAAGAUGCAGAGUUUGCUAAAGCGUUGAAAUUAAAUGGCCAGCUCGACUUCAGUAACCCCGAAUCAGUUCAACAACUUACCAAGUCGUUGCUGAAGAGAGAUUUCGGCCUCAAGAUUUCACUUCCACCUGAUCGGCUCUGCCCACCCGUUCCGAACCGUUUGAACUACUUACUAUGGAUUCAGGGCCUUUUGGAUACCACUAGUGAUAAUUAUGCCGAUACCUAUGACCCCAAACGGGAAGUUCUGGGUCUCGAUAUCGGAACAGGAGCAAGCUGUAUCUAUCCCAUGCUAGGGUGUGCUCAGCGUCCGAAUUGGCGAUUUGCUGGUACAGACAUCGAUGAGAAGAGCAUGCAAUUCGCCAAAACAAACGUCCAGCAAAAUGGCCUCCAGAACCGGAUCAAGCUUCUUCAAACACAGAAGAGUGAUCCUUUGUUACCAUUAGAUAUGAUGAAGUUUGAAAGUAUCGACUUUAGCAUGUGCAACCCCCCAUUUUACGAGUCUAAGGCCGAUAUGCUCACGUCCUCCGCCACCAAGCAAAGACCACCCUUCACAGCCUGUACAGGCUCAGAAUCCGAAAUGGUAACGCUCGGAGGAGAAGUCCAAUUUGUCUCCCGCAUGAUCACCGAAAGUCUCAUCCUCAAAGACAGGGUCCAGUGGUAUACUUCCAUGUUGGGCAAGUUUUCAAGUGUAGCGGUCCUGGUGCAGAGAUUGAGGGAUGAGGGCAUUGGUAAUUAUGCUGUUACGGAGUUUGUGCAAGGGAGUCGGACGAGGAGGUGGGGGAUUGCGUGGAGUUUUGAAGAUCUGAGGCCGAAGAUGGAGUUGACUAGGGCGGUAACGAGUAUUCCAAAGAAUCUGUUGCCGUUCCCGGUUGAGUAUCAGGUUCCAUUCACGAAUAGGGGCGAAGCUGGACACGUUGGCGAGCUAAUCAACCACACACUCGCUGAGCUUCCUUUAAAAUGGAUGUGGAAAAGCGAUAUAGCAACCGGGCUUGGUUUCAGUGAAAAGGCAGUAUGGUCACGAGCAGCUCGUCGGCAGCAGAUAAUGAAGAAGGACGAAAAUAGAAUGGAAGAAGAUGACGAAGAUGAUUUGGCACUCGGCUUUAAGAUUUGUAUCCAAGGAACGGUUGAUGGGCAGGCUAUGAACAUGGUCACGAUUCGGUGGAUCAAAGGUCAUGAUAGUGUGCUAUUCGAGAGCUUCUGUGGGAUGCUAAAGAGGAAAUUAGAGGGCGCGAGAGGAUCAAGUCAAGCUCCUUGA